AUGAGCGUUUCCAGUCAACUUGACCCAGAAGAGUACUACGUCAAACUUGAGCGUAUCGGCAAGGGAUCGUUCGGCGAAGUUUUCAAAGGGUUCGACCGCAGGACAAAGAAGCCUGUAGCUAUCAAGAUCAUCGAUCUGGAGAACGCCGAGGACGAAAUUGACGAUAUUCAACAGGAGAUCAACAUUCUUUCACAGCUCGACUCACCCUAUGUCACCAGAUACUUUGCGUCAUUCUUGAAGGGCGCGAACCUGUGGAUUAUCAUGGAGUACUGCUCAGGAGGAUCCUGUUCAGACCUCAUGAAAGCUGCUACGUUCAGAGAGGAUUUUAUCGCCAUCAUUGCUCGGGAAUUGCUCAAGGGUCUAGAAUACCUUCACGGAGAAGGCAAACUUCAUCGAGACAUCAAAGCGGAUUUCGGAGUCUCUGGUCAGCUUACUGCGACCAUGACAAAAAAGAAUACCUUCGUCGGAACACCCUUCUGGAUGGCGCCAGAAGUGAUCAAGCAGUCUGGAUAUGACAACAAGGCCGAUAUCUGGUCACUAGGCAUUACUGCGAUCGAGCUAGCAAAAGGCGAACCUCCUUAUUCGGACAUGCACCCCAUGAAGGUUCUUUUCUUGAUCCCCAAGAAUACCCCUCCGGUUUUGGAGGGUAAUUAUACUAGAGCUUUCAAGGACUUUGUUGCGGCUUGUCUGCAAAGGGAUCCUGCUCUCCGCCCAUCGGCAAAGGAGCUUUCAAAGCAUAGAUUCAUCCGUUCCGCCAAAAAGUCUUCAUACUUGACCGAACUUCUGGAGAUCCACGAGAGGUGGUUGGCAGAAGGUGGCGGACGAGAGAGCGAAUCCUCUGACGACGAGGGCGGAAACACUAGAUACGAGGAUGCUCAGGAUGGCGAUUGGGAUUUCGGAACGGUUCGCGUGCCUGGAGGUAUCGCAGCUCAACAGCAACAGAUAUCCCAGCAGACAAGACCACCAAGCUCGGGGUCCAGUCAGCACUCUGUAAUCAACGAAGGAAACAACAAACACAGUAACGGCAACGGCCACUCCAACGGACGCAACGGACAUCACGAUAAGAGGCCAGGGGAUUCGGACACGGUUCGUCAUCGCAAAUAUCAAGAUGUUGAAAAGCUGGCUGUCAGCGAGCAGCAGCGUAAAGAACGCCCCGUCUCGGGAGAACGACCACACGACAAAGUCUACCAGACCUUCGUGCGACCCGUCCUUACCAACCUUCAUGGACUGAGUCUUCGUGACAGUGAGCGCCACGCGAUCGAGGAUUUGAGGUUGGCGUUCGAAAAUGCAGAGCAGGAGAUUCCCGGGUUCUCGAGGCUGUUUGUUAAGGGUCUGAGUGAGCAAUUGAAGGGGUGA